CGACGCGACGGGACCGCGGCCCGCCGAGGCCGGCACGGUGGCGGCGCCCUGAGCGGGGGACGCGGCCGCGCGGCCUGGCCGGGCGCCUCCCCGCGCGCGCCCGCCUCCCUGCGGCUCCGGCGCGGGGCCCGGGGGCGGCCUGAGGGGAACAUGCGUGUGGCCGCGCGCGGCCGCCAGCCCUAGCCGGGCCGCUCCCCGCCGCUUCCGCCCGCCGCCCGCCGCCCGCCGCCCGGAGGUUUUAUUUUUCCCUUUGCUCCUGCCCUUCUCUUUUCUCUCGGGCCUCGCCCCGCGCGCCCCUCGGGAGGGCUUUCGGCCGCUUUUUUGGACGCCCCCCGUAUGCUCGCCCAGCCCUCCCCCGGCUGCUGAGGCGUGGGGGGGAGGGUCUCGGCCUCCACGUUCCCGCCCCAGCGGGGCCCGGGCGAGCAUGGGGGGCAAGCAGAGCACGGCGGCCCGCUCGCGGGGCCCCUUCCCGGGGGUCUCCACCGAUGACAGCGCCGUGCCCCCGCCCGGAGGGGCGCCCCACUUCGGGCACUACCGGGCGGGCGGCGGGGCCAUGGGGCUGCGCAGCCGCUCGGUCAGCUCGGUGGCCGGCAUGGGCAUGGACCCCGGCACGGCCGGAGGGGUGCCCUUUGGCCUCUACACCCCCGCCUCCCGGGGCCCCGGCGACUCGGAGAGGGCGCCCGGCGGCGGGGGGUCGGCGUCCGACGCCACCUAUGCCCACGGCAAUGGUUACCCGGAGACGGGCGGCGGUCACCAUAGAGACGGGAUGCUGUACCUGGGCUCCCGAGCCUCGCUGGCGGAUGCUCUACCUCUGCACAUCGCGCCCAGGUGGUUCAGCUCGCACAGCGGUUUCAAGUGCCCCAUUUGCUCCAAGUCUGUGGCUUCUGACGAGAUGGAAAUGCACUUUAUAAUGUGUCUGAGCAAACCUCGCCUCUCCUACAAUGAUGACGUGCUGACUAAAGACGCGGGGGAGUGUGUGAUCUGCCUGGAGGAGCUGCUGCAGGGGGACACGAUAGCCAGGCUGCCCUGCCUCUGCAUCUACCACAAAAGUUGCAUAGACUCGUGGUUCGAAGUGAACAGAUCUUGUCCAGAACACCCCGCAGACUGACCUUGCCGGGCUUGCUGACUCCUCUCAAAGGUUUAUUUUAUGUAUUCCAAGUAAACUCCUAGAACAGCUGAUGAUAUCAGGCAAAUCAGGGACAUUUGCUCUUUUACCUUCACCCCUAAAACUGAGGACCUGGGGAGAAGCCGCAGCAGGGGUGCGAGUGAGGCCAGGCCCCGCUGCCGGUGCUGGAGCCCCCUGGCCGGCGUGACAUGUGGCUUCCGGGGGGCCGCCUCAGACGUAACCAGGCACCCCCGCCGGCCGGCCUGCAUCCCAGACUGCACGUCCGAGGAGCACGACUCACGUGUCAUGGUCCACACAGGGACAGCCAGCCCUGUGCCCAAGAGGAGCCCCGGAGCCUGGGCAGAGCUACACUGACUCCAGAGAACGGGUGGCCUUUCUCCCCGUGGACGCCACACCACGCUGGGGAGAGCGAGUUUGAGAGAAGGAAGAAGCGGCCACCGCUGCCCUGCCCUUUGCGUCCUCCCGGAAGGCAGGGCAUUCUCUUCCCACCUCCGAAAGGCAUUGUGGGGUCUGUCUCUGGUGUUUACCAAAAAAAAAAAAAAAAAAAUACAAAAAAAAGUCUAGUGUCGACUGGUGUUUUCCCUCGUGAUGUUCACAGAUGCGCCUCCGCCCGGCUCGGACCCACCCUGUGACCGAGACCAGCAGAGCCCGGGUCCCACCGCCCGUUCCAGUGGCCUGGCGCCCGCAUCGGCCCUCUCCGUCACCGACCGCUCGGCCUCGGGGCCCCCCACCCCGUUUUCUGGCUUGGUUUUGCACUUUCCUCCCUGAUAUUUUGACUUCAUUGCCAAAAGAACCGCCCCCACCGAGGACCUUCGCCCCACCGUUCUCUGCUCCCUUCCUCCCGACAGUCAGUUCUGAGGACUGCUCUCACAAGUGUCCUGCAAAGAUGCCUGGACAUUUUUCUUAGACCCUUGUGGAUCUUUGUUUUCCAGAAAACUGAAACAAAAGACUUACUAUUAAAGGAACAUGUACAGCCACCCUUGUUUUGGGGCACUCUUGUUUGAGAACAUUUUAGCCAUUGAUGUUCACAUGUGGCGCCAGCCCAUGCAAGAUAGGUUUCUGUAUUUAUAUAUUCAAACACACAAAAGAAACCUUAUCAGAUGUUUAAAACGAUGUUCAAAGCUUGGGGGAAAGCUUUCUUCAUUAGUCAAGGUGUUUUGAUAUGGUAUUAAAAUAAUGUCUAAUAAAAGAUGCACUGUG